AACCACCCCCCUCUCUCUCCGCGCCGCCGCCGCCGCCGCCGCGGCGCCCGCGCGACCCCUCGCCGCCCGCGCCUCUCCGGUGAUCGCCGCAGCCUAGCACCCCACCUCCCCCGCCUCCGAUCCGAUUUUCUCCCCGGAAAAAUCACCGAAAUACGGCAAAAAAUCCCCAGCAAUCCGCCGUGUUCCCACUUUUGAAUAAAUCGCACGGGUGUUUCCGCUGCCCCGCCCGACCGCCGCGCCCCCCGCGCGGCAGCCGGCGCCGGCGAUCGCAUCUGGCGAUAACCGUCCCCGUCGGGCCACCCCCCGCCUCCUCGCGGUCCAAACCUCCGCGUCCUGCCGGGAAGACCACGGCGCGCGGCCUCCUCCUCGCACGCCGCGGCACGAGGGAGUAAUAGACUGCUGAAGCGCUCCCAGUUUCUUCAUGUUGUGUUGUCAUAAAUUGUGAUGGCAUUCUUCAGUAAUUCUGGGAGCAGGGCUGAUUCGGGAGGGUACAACUUGAACGAGAAGGCUGAUGACGAAGGCGCGUAUGAGUCAGUCAGGGAUAGGGACGCCGACUUGAACUCAGGCCAGUUGAACUUGAAUGAGAAGGCUGAUGAUGCCUACCACAGUGAGGAGGAGCAAUACGAAGCUGGCCAGUCAGGUCUGAACCCUUCUGAGAUUAAAUCAGGGCAGAAUGCUCAGAGAGUAGGUGGUCCUUCUGGCCCAUGGGGUACAAACUUUUUGAAGGACUGCAGAUCCACGGAAGGGGAAGAACCAUCAAAUAGUGAUAGGGGAAUGGAAGACGGGUCUGCGGCUAGCUCACAUGAUGACAUGGAUGGUAGUGGAGAGGAUGAUGAGCUAAACAGAGGGCACGGGGAUGUGCCCGCUGAGGAAAUGCUCUCUGAUGACUAUUAUGAGCAGGACAGAGAGGAGCAGAGUGAUUCAUUGAAUCGUCGUGGGAUGAGCCACCCAAGCUGUUCCACUUCUGGGGUCGCAUCAAAAUCUGUACCCUCAAGACAAAAGAAGUCGACAAAGGGCAGUGCUUAUGACGACGAUGACGAUGCGUAUAAUGAUGAGAAUGACAAUGACGACGAUGACGACGAUGACGCAGAUGAAGAUGAUCCAGAUGAUGUGGAUUUUGAGCCAGACAGUGAAACCGACAAGGCUGCUGUUAAGGAGAAGCUUGUGGACAGUGAGAACUCAGGCGAAGAAGAAGAAGAAGAUGAGCUUGAGCUCUCGGAUGAUGAUGAUGAUUUUAUUGAUAGUAGGAGGCAAUCGAAACGACUUAAGGUCGGAGGAACUAAAACUUCCCAGCGAAAAAAGCUUCCUAUGCAGGCUCCACGCAAACGAGGUGUAUCUUUCACAGACGAAGAAUAUUCUUCAGGAAAAGACUCAGAUGCACCCAACAGUCCUGAUUUUAGUCAUCGACCGAAAAAACCUGUCAGGUUGCAUCUGAAAACUGUGGGCCAUAAUGAUGUUUUCUCAAAUGUCAAUUCCCAUAAUGAAUCCCGAACUUCGGGGAGGAGGAGGACACAGAGAAAUAUCUCAUAUGCUGAAAGUGACAGUGACGAUAGUGAGGAGAAGUCAACUAAACAACAAAAGCUCUUGAAGGAGGAUCAAGAUGAAGAAGAUGGAGAAACAAUUGAAAGGGUCAUUUGGUAUCAGCCAAAGGGUGUCGCUGAGGAUGCACUGAGGAAUGGUCAAUCGACUCAACCUACUGUUAUGAGCAUGCCAUUAGAUUUUGAUCAACAAUGGGAUGAUGUAGAGUUCUACAUAAAAUGGAAAGGGCAGUCUUACUUACAUUGUCAGUGGAAGACAUUAUCCGAGCUUCGUAGUGUUAGUGGAUUUAAAAAAGUUCUAAACUACAUGAAAAGAGUGUCCGAGGAGCAGAGGUACAAGAGGUCACUAUCGCGCGAAGAGGUUGAGGUGCAUGAUGUCGGCAAGGAAAUGGAGUUGGACCUUAUUAAGCAAUAUAGCCAGGUUGAACGGGUAUUUGCUGAUAGGGCAACCAAAGUGGAUGGGGAUGUUGUGGUGCCAGAAUAUUUAGUCAAAUGGCAGGGACUUCCUUACGCAGAAUCGACCUGGGAAAAAGAUACAGAUAUUGAAUUUGCUCAAGAAGCAAUAGAUGAAUACAGGGCCCGUGAAGUUGCCACUGCCAUACUGGGGAAAACAGUUGAUUUCCAAAGGAAGAAAAGCAAAGCUAGUUUGAGAAGGCUUGAUGAUCAACCAGAAUGGCUAAAAGGAGGUAAACUUCGCGAUUAUCAGCUUGAAGGCCUAAACUUUCUCGUUAAUGGGUGGAGAAAUGAUACUAAUGUUAUUCUUGCCGAUGAGAUGGGUCUGGGAAAAACCAUUCAAUCAGUUUCCAUGCUUGGCUUCCUUCAUAAUGCUCAAGAAAUUAAUGGCCCGUUUCUUGUCGUGGUGCCGCUCUCAACAUUGUCAAAUUGGGCAAAAGAAUUUCGGAAGUGGCUACCUGACAUGAAUGUUGUAAUUUAUGUCGGAAAUCGUGCUAGCAGAGAGAUGUGUCAGCAGCAUGAGUUUUUUACAAAUAAGAAGGGUGGGCGGCAUGUAAAAUUCCAUACUUUGAUUACUACUUAUGAGGUGAUACUUAAGGACAAAGCCGUCCUUUCAAAAAUCAAAUGGAAUUAUCUUAUGGUUGAUGAAGCCCACCGUUUGAAGAAUUCUGAAGCAUCACUGUAUAUUGCUCUUUUGGAGUUCAGCACCAAAAAUAAGCUGCUAAUAACUGGGACCCCUUUGCAGAACAGUGUUGAAGAGCUGUGGGCACUACUUCAUUUCCUUGAUCCAGUCAAAUUUAACAGCAAGGAUACUUUUGUUGAGAGAUACAAAAAUUUGAGUUCGUUUAAUGAAACUGAGCUUGCAAAUCUUCACAUGGAAUUGAGGCCCCAUAUUUUAAGGCGAGUUAUAAAAGAUGUCGAGAAGUCUCUACCUCCAAAAAUUGAGCGAAUUCUUCGUAUCGAAAUGUCUCCCCUACAGAAACAAUAUUACAAGUGGAUUCUAGAGCGAAAUUUUCAGAAUCUGAAUAAAGGAGUUCGCGGGAAUCAGGUCUCACUUUUGAAUGUUGUCGUCGAGUUAAAAAAGUGUUGCAACCAUCCAUUCUUGUUUGAAAGUGCUGAUCAUGGUUAUGGUGGAGAUAGCAUUGGUGAUCGCAAUAAAGUUGAACGUAUUGUUAUGAGUAGUGGGAAGUUAGUUUUGUUGGACAAGCUACUGCUGAGACUGCGGGAGACUAAUCAUCGCGUGCUUAUAUUCUCUCAGAUGGUGAGGAUGCUGGACAUCCUUUCUGAGUACCUAUCCCUUCGAGGCUUCCAGUUUCAGAGGCUUGAUGGCAGUACAAGAGCGGAUCUUCGCCACCAGGCCAUGGAACAUUUUAAUGCUCCUGGAAGCGAUGAUUUUUGUUUCCUUCUGUCUACACGUGCUGGUGGACUUGGUAUUAAUCUUGCAACAGCAGAUACAGUGAUAAUUUUUGAUUCAGAUUGGAAUCCUCAAAAUGAUCUACAGGCAAUGAGUAGGGCACAUAGGAUUGGGCAACAAGAUACUGUCAACAUCUAUCGUUUUGUCACCUGCAAAAGUGUUGAAGAGGAUAUAUUAGAGCGGGCAAAGAAAAAAAUGGUUCUUGAUCACUUGGUGAUUCAGAAGCUGAAUGCUGAGGGCAGGCUCGAGAAGAAAGAAACCAAAAAGGGUGGCUCCAUGUUUGAUAAGAAUGAACUUUCAGCCAUACUGAGGUUUGGGGCAGAGGAGUUGUUCAAAGAAGAGAAGACUGAUGAAGAGACCAAGAGGAAGCUUGAGAGCAUGGACAUUGAUGAAAUACUUGAGAGAGCUGAGAAAGUUGAAACAAAGGCUGCUGAAGGGGAAGAAGGAAAUGAGCUUCUUAGUGCUUUCAAGGUUGCUAAUUUUUCCAGCGGUGAGGAUGAUGCCUCAUUCUGGAGUAGACUAAUACAACCAGAUCCCGCAGAUAUGGGUCAGGAAACUUUAGCACCUCGUGCUGCACGGAAUAAAAAGAGCUAUGUGGAGGAUCACCAACUCGACAAAAAUAGCAGCAGGAAAAGGCGAGCGGUUGACGCACAAGAAAAGCCAAGGCGGCGUUCCAGCAGAACAGUCGACACAAUGGUUUCGUUACCAUUUAUUGAUGGAGCAGUCACUCAAGUACGGAACUGGUCAUUUGGAAAUAUGCCUAAGAAGGAUGCCUCCCGCUUUGUUCGAGCGGUUAAAAAGUUUGGAAAUCCAAGCCAAAUUGGCUUAAUUGUGGAUGAUGUUGGUGGUGCAAUAGCAAAGGCUCCAUGUGAAGCACAAAUUGAGCUGUAUGAGUCACUCAUUGAUGGCUGUCAGGAAGCUGUGAAAGAGAACACAGACAUCAAGGGCACAGUGUUGGAUUUUUUUGGUGUACCAGUGAAGGCCUAUGAGUUGUUGGCUCGUGUUGAAGAGCUUCAAUGCUUGGCAAAGCGCAUCGCACGUUACAAAGAUCCAGUUAGACAAUACCGGAUCCAAUCACCUUACAAAAAGCCACAGUGGUCAGCAAGCUGUGGAUGGAUUGAAACUGAUGAUGCAAGAUUGCUGCUUGGAAUUCACUGGUAUGGUUAUGGAAACUGGGAGAAGAUACGAUUGGAUGCAAAGCUUGGGCUGACAACAAAAAUUGCACCAGCAACACUUGGUGAGAGAGAAACAUUUUUACCACGCGCACCAAAUUUGGAUAAUCGUGCUAGUGCUCUCCUGCAAAAGGAAUAUGCCAAUCUGAGUGGAAAGAGCUCAAAAGCCAAAGGAGGUGCUAGCCAAAAAGUCAAUAAUGAAAACGGUGGUGCUCGAUCGUUUAAAGGCCGGCAAAAAGAUGCAAAACCACAAGAGGAUAUUAAGUCGAACAAAGAUGACAUUAAGAAACGCAAGGUGGUGGAAGAAGCUGAAGCAAGAGAAGAGGGUGAAAUUUCAGAGUCUGAAGAACAGAUUAAAUAUCGUUUGGAAAAGGAGGAAAAGUGGCUGGAAUGGUGCUCUGAAGCUUUGGAUGAAGAGCAGGACAUAUUGAAACGCCUCGAUAGGUUACAGAAUACAAGUUUAAAUCUUCCGAAGGAAAAGGUUCUUUCAAGAAUUCGCCGGUACCUCCAGAUAAUCGGUGAAAAGAUUGGAAAAGUCGCUGCCCAACAUGUAGAAUCAUACAAGCAGUCCCGUAUGACCACAAGAUUAUGGAAUUAUGUGGCAAGAUUUUCAAAUAUGUCUGGGGAGCAAUUGUGUGAUCUCUAUUUAAAAGUUUGUCAGGACCAAAUGGAAGCUGGAGUCGGCCCCUCACAUGGUGGCAAUUUUGCACCCGCUCCUAACAGAGGUUCUUCAAAUCAGCCUCAUCCUCCUAGAAACCAAAGGUCAACAAGGUCUUUCCAGCACACUCCCGAGCCUCUUAAUAAUGGUGAAAACACUGGGAAUUCGGAAGCCUGGAAGCGCCGGAGGAGAGCUGAUCAGGAUAAUCAGUUUGACACCCAAACGAUGUAUCAACCUCCUCCAUUUAUGGCAAAUGGUAACAGGUCCCAGGAAUCUAGCAGUUCUGCUGGUAUUCUUGGUUGGGGUCCAGUCGAAAUGAGACGAUAUGGCACUGAAAGAUCAAAGAGAGGUUCCUGGGUGACGCUGAUGAACUUGUGUGGGAGCCCGGCUUGUUGCGACCAGGGUGUCCUCAGACAAGUAUUCGACGCCUCCACCUGCGCGAACCACCUGGUGGAAACCGGCAUCGUCGUGCCGCUCGCCCUCGCGCUCCUGCCCCGGUUCGUCGUCCGACUCCCCGAGAGCAGAGCAUCCUCUGCACACCGGCGGCUUCUCAGGCCCUGUUCGCCGCUGCAGCUGGCAGCCGUGUCGUUCAAUGGCUGCUUGGGGUUGUUUCACCUCGUCCUAGGACUCUGGAUGCUGCUGGGGAGCAACUUCGACAACAAUCCAGAUGCCUCUACUUACCUGCCGCACUGGUGGUUUGUGACGCUGUCCCAGGGAUUUAGCUUGCUCCUUGCCGGCUUCGCUUUCUCCGCCGGGAGCCGGUUCCUCGGGCCGGCGUUCGCUCGGUCAUGGUCGGUCUUGCUGACCGUCUAUGCGGCGUUCGUCUCCUGUUCCUCGGUUGUCGCCAUUGUUGCGGAGAAGACGGUCACUGUUAAGGACUGCUUGGAUCUCCUGUCCCCGCCAGGCGCAGUUAUGUUUCUCAUCUACAGCAUCCAGAGCAGCCAUGACGAAGAGGGACAUGAAGAUGAAGGAUUAUACAAGCCACUGAAGACUGCUGAUACAGCUGACAGUGAUCAAUCUUCAGAGAGCACCCACCAGAAGGUGACUCCCUUUGCCAGAGCUGGUAUGUUGAGCCAGAUGACAUUCUGGUGGCUCAACCCUCUGAUGAAGACGGGCUACCAGAAGCCCCUCGACGACAAAGACAUGCCGCUAUUAGGCGCCGCAGACCGGGCACAGAGCCAGUACUCGAUGUUCUUGGAGAAGCUGACCAACAACAAGAAGAAGCAGACGUCACAUGAUGGCACACCACCAUCAAUCCUCUGGGCUAUCGCUUCUCAUCACAAGUGCGGGAUCAUGGUCUCGGGUCUCUUCGCCCUGCUCAAGGUGCUCACCUUGUCCACAGGCCCGCUGCUUCUGAGGGCAUUCAUCAACCUGUCAACCGGGAAAGUGACCCCUAAUUCCAAGCAUGAAGGCUAUAUGCUGGCCACGCUCAUGUUCAUCUGCAAAUGUUGCGAGUCGCUGUCGCAGAGGCAGUGGUACUUCCGCACGCGGAGGCUAGGGCUCCAGGUGAGGUCACUCCUCUCGGCGGCCAUCUACAGGAAGCAGCAGAAGCUAUCGAGCUCGGCGAAGAUGGCGCACUCCUCCGGGCAGAUCAUGAACUACCUCACCGUCGACGCGUACCGGGUCGGGGAGUUCCCGUACUGGUUCCACCAGACAUGGACGACGGUCGUCCAGCUCUGCAUCGCUCUGGCGAUCCUUUACAGCGCGGUCGGCGCCGCCAUGGUCUCGUCCCUGGUCGUCGUCGUCAUCACCGUGCUCUGCAACGCUCCGUUGGCCAAGCUGCAGCACAGGUUCCAGAGCAAGCUGAUGGAGGCGACGGACGCGAGGUUGAAGGCCAUGUCCGAGUCACUGGUGCACAUGAAGGUGUUGAAGCUCUAUGCGUGGGAAGCUCACUUCAGGAAGGCCAUUGAGGAGCUGAGGGAGGUCGAGUACAGGUGGCUGUCGGCGUUCCAGCUUAGCAGGGCGUACAACAGCGUCCUCUUCUGGUCAUCGCCUGUCUGGGUCUCGGCGGCGACAUUUCUGACAUGCUACUUUCUGGAGAUCCCUCUUGAUGCCAGCAACGUCUUCACCUUCAUCGCUACCCUGCGCCUGGUGCAGGACCCCAUUCGGGCCAUACCGGAGGUUCUUGGAGUCGUGGUGCAGGCUAAGGUUGCUUUCACUCGGAUAGAGAAGUUUCUAGGUGCACCUGAGCUGAAUGGACGAGCUAAGGAGAAAUGCUCCUCUGUGGGCAUCGGUUACCCGGUAGCGAUGAACUCGUGCGGGUUCUCGUGGUGCGAAGAUCCAUCAAAACUUAAUCUGAAGGAUGUAAAUUUGGUGGUUAAAGCAGGGGAGAAGGUUGCCAUUUGUGGAGAGGUUGGGUCAGGAAAGUCGACGCUUUUGGCUGCGAUACUCGGAGAGGUCCCGAGAACUCAAGGCACGGUUCAAGUCUGCGGGAAAAUAGCAUAUGUGUCACAGAACGCAUGGAUCCAAACAGGAACCGUGCAGGAGAAUAUCCUCUUCGGGUGUCGUAUGGACAGCCAAAGAUACCAGGAAACACUCGUGAGGUGCUCGCUGGUGAAGGACCUCGAGAUGUUGCCAUAUGGAGACGAUACUCAGAUCGGGGAGAGGGGAGUGAACCUCAGUGGCGGUCAGAAGCAGCGCCUUCAGCUUGCUCGUGCGUUGUACCAAGACGCAGAUGUCUAUCUCCUCGAUGACCCUUUCAGCGCCGUCGAUGCCCAUACAGCAACCAGCCUCUUCAAUGUAAGGGUCACCAUUAUCACAAGGAAUAUGUCAUGGGCGCUCUUUCAGACAAGACUGUUCUUUUGGUUACCCACCAAGUCGAUUUUCUACCCGUCUUCGACUCCAUUAUGGUCUCUCUUUCACACACAUAUCUAUAAUGGUCUCUCUCUGAUGUCAGACGGGGAGGUUAUUCGGUCGGCACCUUAUCGAGAUCUAUUCUCUGACUGUCAAGAAUUCAAAGACCUUGUAAAUGCCCAUAAGGAUACUAUUGGGGUUUCAGAUGUUGAUAACAAUGUUGCUCCUCACAGAGCAAACGGAACAUCAACAAAGGAGAAGCAUAAUAUCUAUGGAAGUGGAUACACAAAGUCUGAGAAGCCAUCACCAGCACACCAACUGAUCAAGGAAGAGGAAAGAGAGACAGGAGACACUGGACUUAAGCCCUACAUGAUUUACCUGCGCCAGAACAGAGGCUUCAUGUAUGCCUCUCUGUGUGUCAUUUCUCACAUGAUCUUCAUAGCGGGGCAAAUAGCGCAGAACUCUUGGAUGGCGGCGAAUGUCCAAGAUCCCCGUGUCAGUACACUGAGGCUAAUCACGGUCUACAUUGUUAUCGGACUUUGCACGAUGUUGUUUUUGCUAUCAAGAUGUCUAUCGGUUGUUGUUCUCGGGGUCCAGACAUCGAGAUCCUUGUUUUCCCAGUUACUUGAUUCGUUGUUCCGUGCACCGAUGUCCUUUUAUGAUUCUACUCCUCUAGGGCGGGUCCUUAGCCGGGUCUCUUCCGAUUUGAGUACUGUCGACCUUGAUGUCCCAUUCGCGUUUAUGUUUAGCCUUAGCGCCAGCUUGAAUGGAUACAGCAAUCUGGGGGUAUUGGCUGUUGUUACAUGGCAAGUUCUAUUUGUGUCAGUGCCAAUGAUAGUUUUGUCAGUUAGGCUACAGAGAUAUUACUUAGCCUCUGCUAAGGAACUUAUGCGGAUCAAUGGCACUACCAAGUCCGCUCUAGCAAAUCACCUAGGCGAAUCGAUUUCAGGGGCUAUAACCAUAAGGGCCUUCGAGGAAGAAGAUCGUUUCUUUGAUAAAAAUUCUGAUCUUGUUGACAAGAAUGCUAUCCCAUACUUCUACAACUUUGCAACAACAGAAUGGCUGAUUCAACGCCUUGAAAUAAUGAGUGCUGCAGUCCUUUCUUUUUCUGCAUUUCUCAUAGUUCUUCUUCCUCCAGGAACUUUUAGCCCUGGUUUUGUGGGAAUGGCAUUGUCGUAUGGUCUUUCCCUAAAUAUGUCUUUUGUUUCCUCUAUUAGAAAGCAAUGCACCUUUGCGAAUCAAAUAAUAUCUGUGGAACGGGUGAACCAGUACAUGGACAUAAAAAGUGAAGCAGCAGGUGCACUAGAUUGGCCUCAAAUUGGUAGUGUGGAGAUUAGAGAUUUGAAGAUUAGGUACAGAAAGGAUGCUCCCCUUGUACUGCAUGGAAUCAGUUGCAAGUUUGAAGGUGGAGAUAAAAUUGGUAUAGUUGGUCGAACAGGAAGUGGGAAAACAACAUUAAUUGGCGCAUUGUUUCGUAUUGUCGAACCAUCUGGAGGGAAAAUAAUUAUUGACUCUUUGGACAUCACUUCUAUUGGCUUACAUGACCUGCGUUCACGUUUGGGCAUCAUCCCACAAGAUCCGACACUUUUUCAGGGCACUGUAAGAUAUAAUCUAGAUCCUCUUGGGCAAUUCUCAGACCAACAAAUAUGGGAGGUUCUUGAUAAAUGUCAACUUCUCGAAGCUGUCCAGGAGAAAGAACAGGGAUUGGAUUCACUUGUCGCGGAAGACGGGUCGAACUGGAGCAUGGGCCAAAGGCAGCUCUUCUGUUUGGGGCGCGCACUUUUGAGAAGGUGUCGUAUCUUAGUUCUUGAUGAAGCCACGGCCUCUAUAGACAACGGAACAGAUGUUGUUCUUCAGAAGACUAUCCGAAAAGAAUUCAAACAAUGCACCGUUAUUACAGUGGCACACCGUAACUGUGACAUGGUACUUGCAAUGAGCGACGGGAAAAUAAUGGAGUAUGACAGACCUACAAACCUAAUGGAAACCGAAGGAUCUUUCUUCCGUGAGCUGGUGAAGGAGUAUUGGUCAUACACAUCAAACGGAAAUAUAUAGGGCAUUUUGUUUAGG